AUGUGUAGGGCUCUUUCUAGAUCUCAAUUGCAAAAAGUUGUCAGUGCUAUAACAAAAUGGUAUCCUACGGAAUUAGCCGACAGUGCAUGGGAUAACGUCGGUUUAUUAAUCGAUUGUUCCAUUACUAGCGAACAAAGUACCAGUACCAUUGUUCCAAAAGUUCUUCUUACUGUCGAUUUAACUCAAGACGUAGCACAAGAAGCGGUCGAUAAGGAAUGUAACGUAAUUAUUGCCUACCAUCCAUUUAUUUUCCCAUCAUUUAAGAACAUUGCUCCAACGAAAAACCCACAACAUAGAAGUUUAUUGAAAUUGAUUCAAAACAACAUAUCUGUCUAUUCUCCUCAUACUGCUGUAGAUGCUGCACGUGGUGGUGUCAAUGAUUGGUUAGUAGAUGGAUUAAUUCAAUUUAAAUAUGAACUUAUUGCCAAAACCGUUGCCAUAGAACGCACCAAUGCUUACCCUUCAGAAGAGGAUAUAGGCUAUGGUAGACUUUUAUCACUAACUGGCGAUGGUAUCAAAUUGAGUGAUAUAGUGAGCAGCAUCAAACAAAACCUUCACAUCCCACAUCUCCAAAUAUCUUCCGACUAUCAAACAAACAAGGACAAAAUGAUCAAGACCGUCGCGUUAUGUGCUGGUAGUGGGUCUGGUGUAUUCAAAGCUCUGUCACAAGAUCAACAGGACGAAGUAGACCUAUACUAUACAGGUGAAUUGUCCCAUCAUGAAGUUCUUAGAUUGAAAGAGUUAGGUAAAACAGUCAUCACUUGUAAUCACAGCAACACAGAACGUGGAUACUUGGCAGCCGUCAUGCAAAAAAAGCUCUCAGACCAAGGACUGUCAGUGUCGGUCAGUAGCUACGACCAUGACCCAUUGUACGUUGUUUAA